UGCUAGGCAUAGGGGAGUGCUUACACUAGUCUCUGUAUUAAUGUGUUUCCUCAACUCUCUUCUCAAAGGCACGAGCUUCCAGGAGUCCUCAAAUCGGAAGACUGGCCGCAUCAGGCCUGCUGUGGGCCUGCGCUUUGAGGUGGGGCCUGGUGCCUCUGUUCAUUCCCCAUUGGCCACACAAAAUGGCUUCCUGCGGUUCUUACUUCGGGGCUGUGACCUGGAGCUGUUCACCUCAGUGCUUAAUGGUCUGGGGCCUUUCUUGGAGGAUGAGGACGUCCCAGUGGUAGUCCCGAUGCAGCUUGAGCUCCUGAACUCCAGUGUUACCCUCAAGGUGAGAGGGACCUUGGUGUUUGCCCUGGACUCUGUAGUGGCAGUGCCUUUCCUGUCGCCUCACAGUUCUGUCACCGAGUGAAUGAAGGGGCGGGGAUGGGCAGCACAGGUCCAGGCCUAAAUGGGGGUAGGAAGAUGGUAAAGCGUCUGCUGCUUAAGUGUAAGGACCCGAGUUUAGAUUGCUUCUCAUAAGUUAAAAAGACAAGAACUUUCCGAGUCUUGCUAACCAGUGAGCUUCAGGUUCAGUGAGAAACCAUCUCAAAAAUAGUGUUGAGAGAGGGCUGGAGUGGCAGCUCAGUGACUAAAAGUGCUUCCUGCUCUCGCAGAGGACCUGAGGGUUCUUUCCAGAUCCACCUGGUGGUUCACACCAUCUGUUACUCCAAUUUUAGGGAAUCUGACUUCAUCUUCUGACAGGCAUUCGCAUGGUACAUAUACAUACAUGAAUGUAAAAUAUUUAUACACAAAGUGAACCUUAAAAAAAAGGAGGAGCAUGAUUGAGGUAAGAUGUCUUGGCCUCCACAUGCACACAUGUGAACAUGCAUGCGAACACAUAUGAAUAUGAACACACGCACACACACUCACAAAGCCCAGGCCAUUUGUUAUCCUAAUCCUGUUUUUGUCAUGUAACCCAU